GAUGACGUCACUGGGUGAAAAACGUCACCGCUGAAGAAUGCGGCUUUGUGCGCAUGUUCAGGCUUUAACCGGAAGUAGUUAAUCCCAGGCAGGUUCCAGGGCCCGAAAGCGUUGGGAAGGAUUUCUAUGGAAGAGAUGUCAGGAGAGAGUGCUGUGAGCUCGGCUGUGCCGGCCGCGACGACCCGGACCACCUCGUUCAAGGGGUCGAGUCCGAGCUCCAAGUACGUGAAGCUGAACGUGGGCGGAGCUCUUUACUACACCACCAUGCAGACCCUCACCAAGCAGGACACCAUGCUGAAGGCCAUGUUCAGCGGCCGCAUGGAGGUGCUCACCGACAGCGAAGGCUGGAUCCUGAUCGACCGAUGCGGGAAACACUUCGGCACCGUGCUGAAUUACCUGCGUGACGGCGUGGUGCCUCUGCCCGAGAGCAGGAGAGAGACAGAGGAGCUGCUGGCCGAAGCCAAGUACUACCUGGUGCAGGGGUUAGUGGACGAGUGUCAGGCCGCGCUGCAGAACAAAGAUGCCUACGAGCCCUUCUGCAAAGUUCCGUUAGUGACCUCCCCUAAAGAAGAGCAGAAGCUCAUCGCCACGUCAAAUAAGCCUACCGUUAAACUCCUGUACAACAGAAGCAACAAUAAGUACUCCUACACCAGUAACUCGGACGACAACAUGCUGAAGAACAUCGAGCUGUUCGAUAAGCUCUCGCUGCGCUUUAACGGCCGCGUGCUCUUCAUUAAAGACGUGAUCGGAGACGAGAUCUGCUGCUGGUCGUUUUACGGCCAGGGCAGGAAGAUCGCCGAGGUGUGCUGCACCUCCAUCGUCUACGCCACGGAGAAGAAGCAGACCAAGGUGGAGUUCCCCGAGGCACGGAUCUACGAGGAGACGCUGAACAUCCUGCUGUACGAGUGUCAGGACGGCCGCGGGCCCGACAACGCUCUUCUGGAGGCGACAGGGGGCGCUGCGGGACGCUCGCACCAUCUGGACGAGGACGAGGAGCGCGAACGAGUCGACCGUGUGCGCAGGAUCCACGUCAAGCGACCCGACGACCGCACGCAUCACCACCAGUGACCUCUAAUCCUCGUUUCUCUGACCUACAACCCCUGUGCCUUAAUCAUCCUGUCCCAACCCCCCGCCCGUGCUUUCUUUCUCUUCCCUCCCGUCGUAUUGUUUGUCUGAACGAAUGUAGCUGAUUCUGAACCGACGCGGAAAGGCGUGUAUUUGAAUAGUGAUGGAGUUGACUCUUAUCGAUGGCGUGAGCAGCAGUCAGGAGUCUUAAACUCAGCACUUUGACGUUCGGCCCUACACGUCACUGCAGUCGGGCAGCGUUCGCUUUUAUCUGGUCGUGUAUUGUGUGUGUCGCGUAUUAACUGCUCCUACGAUUCCUGUACUUCCGAGCAUCGUGACCAGCGUCUCUGUGGCGACGGAUUUGUUGAUUUUCGUUGCUAUUGAUGCACUGAGAAUAGAGAUGCUGUAGCUCUUUAUCCACCAGAGGGCAGCAUUGUGCUCAUUUCGCCCCUUUAGAAAGCAGGCUGUGGUCACGCUGAGCAAUAACUCCCCCUAUAAAUCAUGACAGCGAUGUGUACUAGAUGUGGUGGAUUACACGGCGUCACUUCACCGUGUGCUGUUUAAUGAAUGAAUGAAUUAACGGCAGGCAGGUAACGGCGCGUCUCUCUGUGGGUCUCCGAGUUCUUGUGUUGAGCGAGUGAAACCCAGACGAACUGCAGCAUGUGGACGGUGACUGUAUUAUUCGGAUACUGAUGGAGCGUUGCCACCCCCCUUCCCCGCCCCCAUACAUUACGGGGUCCUUCUCUGUGGUUUAACACACAGUUCACAGAUCCAGGAUCAGCUUCACAUGAGUAUAGUUUGUAUCGAAAGUGUAGAACUGGUCCUGGAUCAGCAGUAACGUGACUGGUCCAGAAGUGGCACGCUCGGUAUUAUUUUCGCUACAGUAUGAAAGCUGAUCCUAGAUCAGUCAAGUCAGUCAAAUAGAAUUUCAGUUAAACUAUGUCUCUUGUUUAGUGUGUGUGUGUAGUCACAUUGUGUCUGUGGCUAGUUUUAUUAAAGGAACAUUAUGUAAUCUGUAUACUGUAGAGAUGUUUGUACAGAAGCGCACACGAUUUAAGAAAUGUUUUACAUACAAUUAUAUUUAUACACUCCUUAUCACAAAUAAAUAUUUCUACAGAUUUUCCAA